CAGCUGUCAAUUAAAAUGUCUGAUAUGUUAUCAAACAUUGCUUUCUAUUAACAAUAUUAUAUUUUCCCAAUAAAGUAAUUAUUACUUUAUUAAACCUAAUGCAAAAUGCCCCCUAAAAAGCAACCGGAGAAGCAAACUAAAGCUGGCGGAGGUAAAUCCACUGGUGGAAAAUCCGGCGGCGAUGCAAAAGAAUCUGCUGCAAAAGAAAAAAAAGGUGGGACAGCUGUCAAAGUACGUCAUAUUUUAUGUGAAAAACAAUCCAAAUGUUUGGAGGCACUGGAAAAAUUGAAAGCUGGACAAAAGUUUCCCGAUGUAGCGGCAGCUUAUAGUGAAGACAAAGCGAGACAAGGCGGAGAUUUGGGUUGGAUGACCCGUGGGUCUAUGGUUGGGCCUUUCCAGGAUGCAGCAUUUGCUCUUCCUAUAUCAUCAAUCACCAACCCUGUAUACACGGAUCCACCCAUUAAAACGAAGUUCGGCUAUCAUAUUAUUAUGGUUGAAGGGAAAAAAUGACAGACAUGGUGUUUGAGUUUGAGUAUUUCUGGGCUAUUCUAUUACUAUUUGUCAUGGAAAGAAUUUGUUGCCUCCAAGAACAAUUUGAUAAAGAUUAUAUGUUAUUACCUGAUCCACCCACUUUUAGCAUGUCUAUAAUAUCUGACAUAGAUGGUUUUGCAAACCGAGAGUGAGUAUAAUUCACACACCAUCAUUCCUACAUAAACUAUUUUAAGUGACAUUUGGUUUUGUGUUUUUUAAAUGCAUAUUUCUAUGUACAUUUGAAAAUGAUUACUACAAAGUAUUGUAGAUAUUGUCUAAUGUAUGUUCAUAAUUUUUUUUUUUUUUAGCCUUUUUAUUCCAGUAACUGGACCCCAUUCUGGGUAUAGGCCUCCUCCAACCUUUUCCAUAAGUAUAGGGACUUUCCCUUUAUUCAUCCAUUCUUUUCCCACUUCUUGUACGAUAUCGUCUUUCCAACGUUGUUUUGGUCUGCCGACUUUCCUUGCGCCUGGUGGGCCUAUCCAUUUCAUGGUUUGGUUUGUCAUGUUCAUAAUUAAUGCAUCUAAAUUUAAUCAUAUUUACAUUUAAAGUUAUUCCUUACAUUUUUUUUCAAACAUACAAUAGUUUAUAUAGUAGCCAUUAAUAUGUAGAUAGUUAUAAAACUGUUUAUAGGGUUAGGUGUAAGUUACUCAAGAUAUAAUACUUAAUUUUUGCAUUUAAUUGUUACAGUUUAAGUCUGAAGUUGAGUUUUCUUCGAUUGUGCCGUAUGAUGCAUAUAACAAUAAUAUUAACUGUAAUAUUCUUCUGCAACAUGUGUUUAUGGUUUGUAAUGACUAAGAAAAUUGGGCCCAGAUCUUUUGAAUAUCGGUUUAGAUUUACCUUACCAGCUUGAUGUAAAAUGUUAUACAAAAUUUAUAUCCAUUAAUAAACACAGUUUAUAAACAA